AUGGUGUACUACUUUACCUCUAAUGUGGUCAAGCCUGCUGCCUUUAUCUAUGUCGGAAAAGAUAAAUUUGAAAACGAGGAUCUCAUCAAAUAUGGCCUAGAAAAGGAUGUCUGUGCCCAUGUUUACCUGCGCCUUCGCGAUGGUGAAACGUGGGAUCAGAUCCCACAACCGCUCCUAGAAGACUGUGCACAGCUCACCAAAGCCAAUUCUAUUGAAGGAAACAAGAAGGAUAACAUCACAGUGAUUUACACGCCAUGGUCCAAUUUGCUGAAAGACGGGUCAAUGGCGACUGGACAGGUCUCAUUCCACAACCCCAAAAUGGUCCGAAAAGUUUACGUUCGACAGCGAGAAAAUGCAAUCGUCAAUCGCCUCAAUAAGACUCGCGAAGAGAGAUUCCCGGAUCUUCGCGCAGAGAAGGAGGAGUUUUUGAAGAAGAAGCAAAAGGAAGAACGAAGAGCAAGAGACGAGCAACGUGCCAGGGAAAAGCAGGAAAAGAGGGAACGGGAACAACUCAAGUGGCAGAAAGAGCAUGCCUACGAUGACCUGUUCACUGAAGAGAACAUGCAGGCAACCAGCAAUCAGGAUCGAGACUCGGACUUUUUGGAUGAUUUUAUGUGA